GAACUGUGGGUAUUAUUUUUUUCUGUGGUCAACUAAUAAUACUAAUAUAAACAUAACCUUAAUUUGAUAUUGAUAAUGGCAGCGGUAUCAUUACAAGAACAAUUACAAAUGAAGAGAGAUCCUGUAGACAAGUGGUCCCUUAGAGAGCAGCUAUGCUUAGCUUCAGCUGUUUCCAGAAGUGGCGAUCAGAAUUGGAUGUCUGUUAGUAGGGCUUUAAAACCAUUUGGCGAACCAAAUAGACCUUCAGAUUGGUUUCAUCAAAAGAAUUGUGCAGCGCAGUAUGGGGCUCUAUUGGGCAAUAUUGAAAUUCCCAAACGUAAAAAACGAACAAGUAGUGCAGAUUCUGCUGUAGAAACACCAGCUGAAAGUAUUUUACGAAAAUUACUAGCUGCACGACAAGCAGAGUUGAAAAAGUUGCUUGCGGAAGAAAAAUCGGAAUAUUUAAAGUUGCAGGAGGAUAUGGUUUUGCUGCAGUCAGGAAAAGUGAGUGAAGAACAAUUAGAUAAGUGGUGUAAAGAAAUCGAUGAGGAAGAGCACAGAAAAGAACAAGAAGCCCUAGCUCAUGGUCAAUAUUUGAGAGAGAGAGAAUUACGUAAACAAGAAAUAGAAAAGGUUUGGAGACCCAUCAAGCCAGCACCUCUUGUUGGUCAAAAACGUAAAAACUCUGAUUCCAUAGAAAGUCUAUUAGAAAAUGAGCAACAUGAACAGUUUGAAGAUAUACAACAACCUCCGCAGCAGCUGCAGCAACAACAAGUAUAUGUACAAAUGCAAGAACCAGCAAAACCGGCUUUAUCGCCUUUACUAACUAGUUUAUUAAAAUCCCCUUCUCAAGUACAAAACGUUUCAACAUCUUCGUCUAUACUGCACACUGCUAUAACUAAUCGGCAAGCUCCUAAUACUAAUACCAACCCAAUGAUUGCCAGUUUAUUAAAUUCGUCUACUGGUGUAACGGUUUCUCCAGGCCUUCAACAACUAGUUAGCACAGCAAUUGGUCAAGAAGACGAAAGUAUGAUUAUAGAUUCAGAAGAGAAUGUUCCUUUAGGAAACGAUAUACUAGACGAUGCCAAUUUACCUAAUAUUAAAAUUGAUGAUCUUGCAAACAGCAUUCUUGUGCAGGAUGGUCCAUUACCUGAGAUUAAGAAAGAGGAAGUCGAUGACAUAAUAUCCGAGAUAAUAGAAAAUGCAGAUGAAAUUGUUGCAGAUCCUGAACAGCAUCUGCAACUAGACGGCAAUGGAGAUAUCAAUAUUAAUUUAGAAUUAGAUUUUGAAGAUGAUGAGUUACCUGAUCCCGAACCUGAGCCUGAACCAGAGCCUGAGCCAUUCCAACCUAAAGAGGAGCCUGAACCACUGAGGGAAGAACAGAAGGUUGUAGAGAAACCAGCCACCCCUCCUCCUGUAGAUCCGUUUGAAUUUCAAGAAGACCCCGUUAUUUUUGAACCGGCAACGAAACCUUCAAUCUCAACCGGCAAGCAGCAAGAUCUCAAGCCAUACGUUCCCCAUUAUCAACAACAACCUCCACCUGUGACAACCCAAUCCCAACCACCAUCAAUAAUGCCUUCAGAUAUUGUCACAACUGAAACAUCCGAAGUUAUACCGGAGGUAACAGUAGAGAAUGAGAUUAAAGAAGAAAUUAUUGAGGAUGAACCUAGAUCGGUCAAAAGCGUAUUGCCGGGUUCUGUGGAAAUAGUAGAAGUUGUUGUAAUGGAUGAGGAAGAUAUUGACAAAGAACUGAACAAAUCUCAGAUACAAGACAUCGUUCACUCCAACAAGCCAGAGGAGCCCGAGGAUGUAAAACCGGUCAAGGUUGAAAUCAAAGAAGAGAAACUGGAUGUAGAGAUUGAGGAGGCCAAUACUGACACACCUGAGAGUAAAGAAGUUGUUGCUUGUGAGGAAUCUUCAGAGGCUUCGGAUGUUACAACUGUAACGGAUUCCAAGAAAGACAUUAACAUUAACUUGGAUGUCCAAGAUAGUUCAGAAACUACUACCAUAACUCAUGAUUUUUCAGAAGCAUUGUAUGACGAUAUCAGCAUGGAGGUCAAAAUCGAUAAGAGUGGUAAAGUGAAAAGGGAUUACUCCAGAACGAAGAAAAAAGAAGGCUUUGACAUGUUGUUGGCGAUUGAAAAGGCGCAACUGGAAGACAAUGAACUAAAUGAAGAAACUUUCUCGGACAACACAACAGACACGGAAAAGAAGGACAUUAAGGUUAAAAUUAAAUCUGAAAACGAACGCUCCAACAGCCCUUGGACCGAAGAAGAGGACAACGUGAAUCGAUCUAAGAGGAGUUACUCCACACCAGCAACUCCGGUAGAUUCAGUCCCAAAUUCUCCUGCCUCGAGUACUACAGCUUACUAUGAAGAUGACAGAGACUAUCGAAACUGGAAAAAAUCUGUGAUGCUGGUCUACAAUCGUCUGGCCACCAACAAAUAUGCAUCAUUGUUCCUAAAACCUAUAACCGAGGAUCAAGCACCAGGUUACAGCACCAUCGUAUACAGACCAAUGGACUUGCAGACGAUUAAAAAGAAUAUCGAAAACGGCACAAUAAGGACAACACUGGAGUUCAAACGUGACACCAUGCUGAUGUUCAUGAAUGCAGUCAUGUACAAUAAAACAAACGACACGGUGUACAAUAUGGCCAUGCAGAUGCAACAGGAGUCGAUUCAGCCGAUCGAGAUCCUGAUGCAGGCGCAGAACCAGGCUGAUGUACCCCUCAGAAGAGAGACCCGCACCAGCGAGUCGGGAUGUAAGAGAAAGCGCACCAUCACCGACGAGCUGAUGAAAGCGAAAAAACGCAAGGAGGAUUAGCAGUGCUCUUACUUCAUGUUUGACCUUGAUGAUUUUUUUUGAAGGUUGUUGAUGGGCACUGGUUAAUUUUUCUGGAAACGGUUUGUGAAAUGAAGGAAAUUCUUUAAGUUGUAAGUGCAAGGCAGAAGAAUAUUACUUUUUUUUUUAACGGUUCUAAUUUUUUGGAGUACGUUUUUUUUUAGAACUAAGAGGAAAUAUGUUAAUUUAGAAAUCGUGAAGGUUUUAGGUGCUCUUUGGUUGAAAAGUUGCCUUUAUUUUACCUACUACUGUGAUAUAUGUAUGGAACGUUUAUUAGGAUUAUUCCUCGUUAACCUAACAUUACGGGCCAGCUAUAUGACCAUCGCCGUCGAUAGAAAUAUGAUGUUAGUUUGUAUAUGUAGGUUGUAAAGAUGUGCAAAUAUGGGUCUUUGUUUCAGAAGGCCUUCUACUUUCAAAAUGAGGAAAAUAGUAAACAUAUUUUCUAAAAAAAACAGUGGUUCGAUAUUACACUUUAACUUUCUGAAAAAUAAUAAACACUGUAAAGUACA